UUGGAUCAGUUAAACAAUUAAAUUCGACGAUACCGGUUAAAAUAUAAUAUCUUGCAUGCAUUACGCGCAAAGUAAACUUUUGAAAUUAAUUAUUGUUCAUAUAUUAUUGUAAAGUUUUAAUUAAAUAUCAAAAUUAUAAAAUUAUGGAACUAGAAGAAGCUAAUUUAUUAACAUUAAGUGAAUAUUUAAAGCAUACAUUAAGUCCUGAUGUAAAUGUACGACGACCCGCUGAGAAAUUUUUAGAAUCAAUCGAAGUAAAUCAGAAUUAUCCUGCACUACUGUUACACUUGGUAGAAAAGCAGGAUGUUGAUCUAACAAUUCGCGUUGCUGGUGCAGUAGCUUUUAAAAACUACAUAAAACGUAACUGGAAAGUAGAAGAAGAUGCAGUCGAUCGUAUUCAUGCCCAAGAUCGAGAAGCAAUUAAAAAGUUAAUUGUUAAUUUAAUGCUUCAUUCACCUGAUUCAAUACAAAAACAAUUGUCAGACGCUGUUUCGAUUAUUGGGAAGCAUGAUUUUCCGAAUAAAUGGCCAGAUCUUAUUGAUCAAAUGGUUGAAAAAUUUAAUACAGGCGAUUUUCAUGUAAUAAAUGGUGUUUUACAUACGGCUCAUUCUCUUUUUAAAAGAUAUCGCUAUGAAUUUAAAAGUCAGAUUCUUUGGACGGAAAUUAAAUUCGUAUUAGAUAAAUUUGCCAAACCAUUGACGGAUUUGUUUUUGGCAACGAUGAAUCUCACUCAAGUUCAUGCAGAUAAUGUUGAAGCAUUAAAAGUAAUAUACAAUUCAUUAACAAUAUUAUCAAAAGUAUUUUAUUCAUUGAAUUUUCAAGAUUUACCUGAAUUUUUUGAAGACAAUAUGGAGAUAUGGAUGGUUAAUUUUCAUCGUUUACUUACAACUGAUGUUCCUGCUCUACAGACAACGGAUGAUGAUGAAGCUGGUAUUAUAGAGCAACUUAAAUCUCAAGUUUGUGAUAAUAUUGUACUUUAUGCACAAAAGUAUGAUGAAGAAUUUCAAAAAUAUGUGCCACAAUUUCUAGAUGCCAUUUGGAAAUUAUUAAAUACAGUGGGACAACAAGCUAAAUAUGAUACGUUAGUCUCAAACUCGUUGCAAUUCUUGGUAACAGUUGCUGAUCGUGAACAAUAUCGUUCAUUAUUUGAAGCACCAGAUACUUUACGAAAUAUAUGUACAAAUUUAAUAACUCCAAACAUUGAAUUCCGCGAAUCAGAUAAUGAAUUAUUUGAAGAUAAUCCAGAUGAAUAUAUCAGGCGUGAUAUAGAAGGAAGUGAUGUUGAUACUAGACGACGUGCUGCUUGUGAUUUAGUUAAAGUACUGGCCAAAUAUUUUGGUGCUAAAGUGAUGGAUAUUUUUGGAGUAUAUGUUAUGCAAAAAUUGGAAGAGUAUGCUGUUAAACCAGCAGAGAAUUGGCGUAAAAAAGAUGCUGUCAUUUAUUUAGUAACAAGUUCAGCAAGUAAAGGGCAAACACAGAAACAUGGUGUUACUCAAAGCAAUGAAUUUGUACCAAUUCCACAAUUUGCUACACAACAUAUUCAACCGGAGCUUGCUAAGGCUAAUGUAAAUGAGUUUCCAGUGAUAAAAGCAGAUUCGAUCAAGUUUAUCAUGACAUUUAGAUCAAUAUUACCUCGUGAAAUAGUUGUUGGAAGUUUACCUGAUAUUAUUAGGCAUUUACAAGCAUCAAGUAUUGUGGUGCAUAGCUAUGCUGCUUGUGCCAUUGAUAAAAUAUUUUCAUUGAGAGGACCAGAUGAUACUUCAUUAGUUAAACCAGAAGAAAUAGUACCAAUGUCUUCCAAUUUAUUGAAUGGUUUAUUUAGUAUACUUGAAAUGCCCAAUUCCGAUGAAAAUGAAUAUGCAAUGAGAGCAAUUAUGAGAAGUUUUGGUAUCUUAAAAAACAAUAUUAUGCCCUAUCUUGGCGAAUUAUUACCAAAAUUAACAGAAAAAUUAGAAGUUGUUGCUCGCAAUCCAAGUCGACCUAAUUUUAAUCAUUACUUGUUUGAAACGUUAAGUUUAUCAAUCAGAAUUGUUUGUAAAUCAAACAUAAUGGCAAUUGGAUCUUUUGAGCAAGUUUUGUUUCCAAUAUUCCAAGGAAUUCUCCAGCAAGAUGUUCAAGAAUUCAUGCCUUAUGUAUUUCAAAUAUUGGCUUUAUUGUUAGAAUUGAGAACUGGAACAGAAGUACCGGAAAGCUAUAUGGCCCUUUUUCCCUGUCUACUUUCUCCAGUUUUAUUCGAACGUCAAGGAAAUAUUCAUCCUUUAAAUAGAUUACUCCAAGCUGUUGUUACACUUGGAUCACACCAAAUUAUAGCACAAGAUAAAACCAGUGCUCUUUUAGGAGUGUUUCAAAAAUUAAUUGCUUCAAAAGCGAACGAUCAUGAAGGUUUUUUGCUAAUGCAAACAAUAAUACAAAAUUUUCCACCGGAAGUUUUAGAACCAUAUAUGAAACAAAUAUUUGUUUUAUUAUUUCAACGAUUAUCAUUAAGUAAAACGACAAAGUUCGUAAAAAGCUUAAUAGUAUUUUUUUCAUACUAUAUUAUAAGAUAUGGUUCGAAAAAUAUUAUAGCCAUUAUUGAUGGGAUUCAACCUCAAAUGUUUGGAAUGGUACUAGAAAGAGUCAUUUUAACAGAUUUACAGAAAGUAUCUGGUGAAAUUGAACGUAAAGUUGCAGCAGUUGGAAUAUCGAAUCUUUUGAUUGAUGGCCAUACGAUGGUUGAAAGUCCCUAUAAUGUUUAUUAUCCUAAGAUUUUAGCAUGUUUAAUUGAAUUUUUUGAAUUACCUCAAGAUCAUGCCAUCAAUAAUGAGGAUCAAUUUUUAAACGAAAUUGAUGAAAACCCAGGAUAUCAAGCAGCUUAUAGCCAAUUGAUUUGUGCUAAGAAUCCAAAAAAAGACCCUCUGGAAGGUAUAGGUGAUGUACGAUUACAUUUAGCUCAGGGACUCGGUAAAUUACCGUCAGGACAAUUAGCUGGAAUAUUUCAACAACUUCCUGAGCCGAAUGCUCUACUCUUGAAAAACUAUCUUCAAAGGGCUGGCAUUAAUAUUUAAUAUACAUUUUGAUAAAAAAAAUCAAAGUAAAUUACGAUUUCAUACAUAACUGAUCACAAAGAAAAGUUUAUGAAAUAAAAUAAUUUUUUUAGCACUCUUGUAAAAAA